CAACCACGGGCGCCUUCAAGCCACCUCAUUUGCGUCUACACACCACCUGGACUGUGGUGAAGCCUGGCGUUUCCAUCACCUGCGCCGCGUCAACGAGACGAUCCCGAAGCCGAAGCCAUAACGUUGUCGGACACAUCUACUGCGCUGGGGAAGCGCAGGCUAUCCGCAGGGGAUCUUGCAGCAUCCCGCAAACGAGCCAUGGCGGACCAACGCCUUCCCGAGGUCGACCUGGUGACCAGGAUGCAGGUCGACGACUCGGUCGUCAACGUUGUCGGCACUGGCGAGAUCGACGAGUCCCUUUACAGCCGCCAACUCUAUGUCCUAGGGCACGAGGCCAUGAGGCGCAUGGGCGCCUCCAACGUGCUCAUCGCCGGCCUCAAGGGCCUCGGAGUCGAGAUUGCCAAAAACAUCGCCCUGGCUGGCGUCAAGAGCCUCUCACUCCACGACCCGGCCCCCGUUGCCAUCGCCGACCUGUCGUCCCAGUUCUUCCUGCGUCCUGAGGACGUCGGCAAGCCGCGCGACCAAGUCACAGCCCCUCGAGUCGCCGAGCUUAAUGCAUACACUCCCGUCAACGUCCACGCCUCGCCAAGCCUCACAGAUGACCUCUCGCAGCUUGACAAGUACCAGAUCGUGGUGCUCACCAACGCCCCGCUGGUCGCCCAGAAGGCCAUUGGCGACUACUGCCACUCCAAGGGUAUCUACUUCGCCGCUGCUGACACUUUUGGCCUGUUUGGGUCCCUCUUCUGCGAUUUCGGCAAGCAAUUCACCGUCAUUGAUGCCACGGGCGAGAACCCCCUGAACGGCAUGGUGAACGGCAUCGACGAGGAGGGUGUUGUUACCACGCCCGACGAUGCGCGACACGGCCUCGAAGACGGCGAUUACGUCACAUUUACCGAAGUUCAAGGCAUGGAGCAACUCAACGGGUGCCAGCCGCGGAAGAUAACCGUCAAAGGUCCCUACACCUUCUCUAUCGGCGAUGUGUCGGGGCUCGGAACGUACGAGCGAGGUGGACUGUACCAACAGGUCAAGAUGCCCAAGCUCCUGGACUUCAAGGGUUUCUCCGACGCCCUGGCCGACCCCGAGUUUGUCAUCACCGACUACGCCAAGUUCGACCGCCCGCAGCAGUUGCACGUCGGCUUCCAGGGGCUGCACGCGUUUGCUCAGACACACAGCCGCCUGCCGCGCCCCUUUAACGCCGAGGACGCGAUCGUCAUUGUGAACUCAGCGAAAGAAUUUGCCAAGGCUGCUGGAAUCGAGGUGGAGUUUGACGAGAAGCUGCUCACCGAGCUGAGCUACCAGGCCACGGGCGACCUGAACCCCAUGGCGGCAUUUUUCGGUGGUGUUACCGCUCAAGAGGUCCUGAAGGCCGUCUCGGGCAAGUUCCACCCUGUUAAGCAAUGGAUGUACUUCGACUCUCUCGAGUCCCUCCCGACCAACAUCCCCCGCUCCGAGGAGCUCUGCCGACCGCUCAACACCCGCUACGAUGGCCAGAUCGCUGUUUUUGGCAAAGAAUACCAGGACAAGGUUGCAAACAUGAAGCAGUUCCUCGUUGGCGCGGGAGCCAUAGGCUGCGAGAUGCUGAAGAACUGGGCCAUGAUUGGGCUUGGCGCCGGACCGGAGGGCAAGAUCGUUAUCACCGACAUGGACUCCAUCGAGAAGAGCAACCUCAACCGCCAGUUCCUGUUCCGUCCCAAGGACGUGGGUCAGAUGAAGAGCGAUUGCGCGGCCAAGGCAGCGGAACUGAUGAACCCUGAGCUGUCGGGUCAUAUCGUGUGCUUGAAGGACCGCGUGGGCCCUGAUACGGAGCACAUUUUCAACGAGGAGUUCUGGGGAGGCCUGGACGGCGUGACGAAUGCCUUGGACAACGUGGAGGCGAGGACAUAUGUCGACCGCCGUUGCGUCUUCUUCCACAAGCCACUGCUGGAGAGCGGUACCUUGGGCACCAAGGGUAACACGCAGGUGGUCCUCCCCAAGCUGACCGAGUCCUACUCGUCCUCUCAAGACCCACCAGAGCAGUCGUUCCCCAUGUGCACCCUGAGGAGUUUCCCCAACAAGAUUGAGCACACCAUCGCUUGGGCUCGGGAGCUUUUCGAUUCCAGCUUCAUCCGCCCGGCCGAGACGGUGAAUCUGUAUCUGUCGCAGCCCAACUACCUAGAAUCGACCCUCAAACAGGGCGGAAACGAGAAGCAGACGCUGGAGACGCUCCGCGACUAUCUAAUCAAGGAUCGGGCUAGGUCGUUUGAGGACUGCGUGAUAUGGGCCCGGAAUCUAUUCGAAAAGAACUACAACAACGCCAUCCGACAACUUCUUCACAACUUCCCCAAGGAUUCCGUUUCUUCCACGGGAACGCCUUUCUGGUCAGGGCCCAAGCGCGCCCCUGACCCGCUCACCUUCGAUCCCGAAGACCCCUCGCAUUUUGGGUUUGUCGUUGCGGCAGCUAGCCUCCACGCUUUCAACUACAACAUCAACGUCAAGGACAAGACUAAGCAGGACUUCCUCGGCGUUCUCUCAAACAUGAUCAUCGAGGAGUUUGAGCCGGACCCGGAUGUCAAGAUCCAAGCCGACGAGAAAGAGCCGGACCCGAACGCUGGAGCCUCUGCUUUCGAUGACGCCAACGAGUUGGAGCAGAUCACCAAGGAGCUGCCAGCGCCCAAAGACAUGGCAGGCUUCAAGCUGACGCCGGUAGAGUUCGAGAAGGACGACGACUCGAACCACCACAUCGACUUCAUCACGGCUGCCAGCAAUCUGCGGGCGGCCAACUACAAGAUCGAGCAGGCGGACCGACACAAGACCAAGUUCAUCGCGGGCAAGAUCAUUCCAGCCAUUGCGACCACGACGGCGCUGGUGACGGGCUUGGUGAUUCUGGAGCUGUACAAGAUCGUUGACGGCAAGGACGACAUCGAGCAGUACAAGAAUGGGUUCGUGAACCUGGCCCUGCCUUUCUUCGGAUUCAGCGAGCCGAUCGCCAGUCCCAGGGUGGAGUACAAGGGCCCCAACGGCAAGGUGACGUUGGACAAGAUCUGGGACCGGUUCGAGCUUGAGGACGUGACGCUCAAAGAGCUCAUGGACGACUUUGAGAAGAGGGGCCUGACGAUCACGAUGCUAAGCUCGGGCGUCAGCCUACUGUAUGCGUCCUUCUUCCCACCGGCUAAGCUCAAGGAUCGAUACCCCAUGAAGCUGAGCCAGCUGGUCGAGUUCAUCACCAAGAAGCCGGUACCAGAGCACCAAAAGGAGGUCAUAUUUGAGGUGGUGACUGAGGAUGCGGACGGCGAGGAUGUCGAGGUGCCCUACCUGAAGGUCAAGGUCCGAUAGAUUAUCGGCUUUCUGUUUCGUUGGCUUCGGUGACGAAUGAGGUACUUUUCUUCAGACGCGAUGGCUUCUUCCGAGGCUCGAGCAACCCAAAAUAGAACCGGUUCUUUCCCACCGUAUGUUUAAGUUGGACAUGGUAUUUUUUUCACCAGUUGAGAUUACCUGCCUGGCAAUGUCUUGUUUUCCCGCGCACCAUCCCCGCUCGUCUGCUUGAGGCCAUGAUUGCAUGGUUAGGUACACCAGCAUCUUAGCCGGAAGGUAUGCUGGAUCGAGGUAUUUUCUCCGAGGAGCUCCCUAGAGCACCCUCAUCAUAUGCGUUGUUCUUUUAGCGAAACACGAGAUAGCGCGUUUGGAUUGCUAGAGAGGUAGUCUGCAAGACGAUUUCUUGUAUUUUUCAUCCUCGCCUGAAAGCGUACUUUUCCCAAACAGGACACAGCUUCGGCGACACAGGCUCGACAGAUAUUGAAAAUGCCGGGUCCAUGCAAAGGACUUAGUCAGCGCUGGUGGAUUUUGAAGCCACAACAUCGGUACGACACGGCGGCUCGGCGAGUUCAAGCGACUAGGCAAGCUCCGUGAUGGACGAGUACCGACCCGGGGAAGGAGGUCAAGGUAUGAGUAGAGCUAAGAUGGCACUCGUGGUAAGCAUUGACCAAAGCACCAUCGUGGACGGCUGCUUGCUACUAGUAGCGAUGCUGACGGCGAUAAUAGAGUAAGGUUGAC